AUGGAUUUGGAUUCCACAGAAGGCACUGAAAGCACACCUUCUGAAGUCAAAUCAGCUGACUUCUCAUUCAUUGAUUUCUUUCUUCCACAGCAAACCUCAGUCUUGGACUCAACAGCCCUGAAGAAUAGAGUCCAGUUAAGUCGGAAGAGCCAGCGCCGUGCACCAAGCCAAUUACAGCGCAGAAGUCGGUUGUUGCAAUCCAGUAGCCAACUAGCUGUGAUUGAGGACACCGACAACCUUUGGAUGUACAGUGAUUCUACAGAAGAGAAGUCAGAAAAAAAGGAAGAGGUUGAAGAAGAGGAAGAAAAACCCAAGAGGUCCUCUGUUCAUUCACCACGAAUGCCAAUGUUCCCUGGAAUGGACCAUUCAACUUUGAUGGUAAACAAUUAA